AUGGAUACCGCAUCUGAGACAAAUGGCGAAGACCGGCCAGCAUGGGACUCUAAGAUCCAGUACGUGUUGGCCCAGGUGGGGUUUAGUGUUGGCUUAGGGAAUGUGUGGAGGUUUCCAUACCUGUGCCACCAAAAUGGAGGAGGGGCCUUCAUGCUGCUGUAUGUUUUUCUUUUACUGGUUGUGGGAGUUCCACUGUUUUUCAUGGAGUUGGCAGCUGGCCAGAGCAUUCGACAGGGCAGCAUCGGAGUAUGGAAGCACAUCUCUCCGAAGCUAGCAGGGAUUGGCUACUCCAGCUGCAUAGUCUGCUUUUAUGUGGCCCUUUACUACAAUGUUAUCAUUGCAUGGAGCCUGUUCUACAUGGGUAAUUCUUUUCAGUAUCCUCUGCCAUGGAACCAGUGUCCAAUUGAUGUAACAACCAAUUACACAGUCAAAGAGUGUGCAAGCAGCUCCCCAACAUCAUAUUUCUGGUUUCGGAGAGCCCUUAAUAUCACAAAUUCCAUCGAUGAGUCCGGAGAGUUUAACUACAUCAUGACAGGCUGUUUAUUGGCUGCAUGGGCAAUUGUCUCCUUAGCUAUGAUCAAGGGCAUCAAGUCGUCUGCAAAGGUGAUGUACUUUUCCUCAGUCUUUCCCUAUGUGGUGCUCUUUAUUUUCCUCAUCAGAGGAUCGAUGUUGGACGGCGCAAUGGAAGGAGUCACCUAUAUGUUUUACCCUAAACUGGAAAUUUGGGGUAGUGUGCAAGUGUGGCGGCAGGCUGCUACACAAGUGUUUUUUGCCCUUGGACUGGGCUAUGGCUCUGUUAUCGCAUAUUCCUCCUACAAUCCAGUACACAACAACUGCCACAGGGACGCGCUGAUGGUCUCCUGCAUUAACUUCAUGACAUCUGUGCUGGCCUCGCUAGUGGUUUUCGUCGUGUUGGGUUUCCGUGCCAAGAACAUUGCACUACGCUGCGUGGCUAAAAAUCUUGGCCUACUAAGCUCCAUGGCGUCCUACGGAUCUGAUCAGCACUGGUGGCCUUGGUUUAACAUGACAGAUCCAAGCUCUGUGUCUAUAAGUGAAUACAGCGAGUGGUACCAACACUACUCCCCAAUGGUUGGUCCUAACAUCACUGACUGCAGUCUGGAGAAGGAGAUGAAUGAGGGCGUUGAAGGGACAGGCCUGGCAUUCAUAGCAUUCACUGAGGUGAUGGCCCUGUUCCCAGCCAGCCCUUUCUGGUCCACACUGUUUUUCCUAAUGCUGCUCAACCUGGGCCUCAGCACCAUGUUUGGGACCAUGCAGGGAAUCCUCACACCUCUCAUGGACAACUUCAGCUUGUUGGGACGCCACCGGACACUUCUCACUGUGGCGAGCUGUAUUUUAGGAUUCCUGAUAGGACUGUUGUUUACCCAGCGCUCGGGCAACUAUUUUGUGACUAUGUUUGACGACUACUCCGCAACCCUCCCGUUAGUCAUUGUGGUAGUCUUUGAAACCAUCAGUGUGGCGUGGGUUUAUGGAACAGAUCGCUUCCUGGAUGAUAUUGAAGUCAUGUUGAAAUGGCGCCCUCCAGUGUUGUACAAAUAUCUUUGGAAAUAUGUCUGUCUGUUGGCGAUGAUCGGUCUCCUGGCUGCCAGUUUCUUGCGUGUGGUCUUCAAAAGGCCAACAUACACCUCCUGGAAUCAGAACACAGCCUCUGAGGUGACUCUAGAGUACCCUGGCUGGUCUCUGGUUAUGAUUGGCAUGCUCAUAGUCUUUGCCACCUUGCCUGUGCCUAUUGGCUACAUCCAUUCCAUGUUGAAAAAACGCAUGGCCUCUGACUCUGAGGAUUUAAAUGACCAGGAGAUGCACCGUGAGUUGUACACAAAGUGCAGCUCCACUGAUCAGCUGGAGACCAACUCCCACCAACUUCCCUGUGAGGAAGACAUCGCUCGUCCCAGAAGUACUUUCCUGCCGAUGGGCAACGAACACUACCGGCUUCUGUCCCAGCAGGAGGAGGAAGAUGAGGAACAAGAUACAGGGCUGUGAACAUGGCGUAGGAGGGAAGUUGUUUGUGAAAGGACAACAUUUUGAACCUCAGAGAGUGUAUAAGCAAGACCCUGCAAGGGAGAUCGCAAAGUGAAGUGUGGACAGCCCUAAGCAGAAAUACUCUUCAUCUGAGAUAGAGACUUUGGGUAGCACCCUUUUAUCAUAUUCAGCGAACUCCACAUUGCUGAUAUGUUGUUUUUAACAAUUUAUAUUAUUGAAUGAACAUUACCAAUGUAAUCAAAAGCUUUUUUUAGAUUCUGUAAUCAUGGAACCACAUCUAUAGCCUCCUCCUUGUCAUCCCUCCAUACAUUUUCUGAACACCUGUUUAGAAAAUAUAAACACUAAAAAGCAAUAAGCUGCUAUAACUGGUGAAACAAACAAUUUAUGGAAGAUUUUAGAGUGAGAGAUUGAUGCCAGCCACAAAUAUUUUAGGUGUAUCUAUUGUUUCUGCCAACCUGAUAUGUAGGAGUCAGAACUGAGUCGGCUGGCAGUGCGCGUGGCUGUUGAAUCAAUAAAUGCAGCAACUGACAAAAUACAAAUAUAUGCUUUUUGAUGAGUAUUUUUUAGCUACAUGCCAAGUAUGGAUUUGCAUGAAAAUAUUCUUCCUUCAGCAACUGUGAUGUUUGCAUGUCUGUGUGUUUGUGUUUUUAGAUGUGUGUGUGUGUGAGUGUGUGUGAGCGCGUGUGUGAAAUGAGAGACCUUAAUGACAGUA